AAGCUGCUGUGCAUGGUGGACCUUACAAAGGACUUCUUUUUCAGUUAUUCAUACCAUGUCAUGCUUAGUCUUCAAAAGAACUUAUGUAAUAAUCAAACAAGCCAGGUUCUGUAUGAAACCAUGUUUGUUUGGAAUGAGUUCUUGACACGGGAGAUCCGCAAUCACCUCCAAAAUACUUUGUGGACGGUUGCUCUGGUUUAUGGCUUCUUUAAACAGGCCACACUUUCUGUUUCUGGAAGGGAUUUCAAACUUACCCUUAUUGCGAGACGAUCCCGACAUUAUGCAGGCACCAGGUAUUUGAAACGUGGAGUAAAUGAGGAAGGAAGAGUAGCUAAUGAUGUUGAGACAGAGCAGAUUGUCUUUGAGGAUGUCACCGAUGGCCUUCCCAUGCAAAUAAGUUCCGUUGUCCAGAACCGUGGUUCAAUCCCACUCUUUUGGUCACAGGAAACCUCACGUUUGAAUCUUAAACCAGAUAUUGUUUUGUCAAAGAAGGACCAAAAUUAUGAAGCCACCAGACUUCAUUUUGAAAAUCUUGUCAAGAGAUAUGGAAAACCCAUAAUAAUUUUGAAUUUGAUUAAGACACAGGAGAAGAAGCCUCGAGAAUCAAUUCUUCGUGAAGAGUUUGCUAAUGCAAUUGAAUUUAUCAAUAAAGAUUUGUCAGAGGAAAACCAUCUGAAGUUCCUUCACUGGGAUCUACACAAAAGUUCUCGGAGCAAGGCAACGAAUGCGUUACUGCUUUUGGGCAAAGUAGCUUCAUGUGCAUUAACACUAACAGGUUUCUUUUAUUUCCGGGUGACAUCAGCCUUGAGGCCUGAGGAGAUCUUGACAUGGCCUUCCUCUGAGAAUAUUGAGGAUGGCAAUAUGUCCAUCCAGCUAGAUAGUAACAAUGAUACUGAGGUUUCUGAGAAGUUGCAGAGAAAUUCUAAUGGUGAUAACAAUUUUGUUAAUGGAAAUUAUUCUGUUCAACCACCAAUGUUCCAAAGGGGUGUCCUUAGGACCAAUUGCAUAGACUGCCUUGACCGCACUAAUGUUGCACAAUAUGCCUAUGGGUUGGCAGCUCUUGGACACCAGCUUCAUGCAUUAAGUGUAACAGACACAACAGAGAUAGACCUCGAUUCUCCUUUGGCAGAUGAAUUAAUGGGUUUUUAUGAAAGAAUGGGUGACACACUGGCACACCAGUAUGGUGGCUCUGCAGCACACAAUAAGAUAUUCUCUGAGAGAAGGGGUCAGUGGAGAGCAGCAACCCAGUCCCAGGAGUUCUUUAGAACUCUCCAACGGUAUUACAGCAAUGCUUACAUGGAUGCAGAGAAGCAAGAUGCAAUUAAUUUAUUCCUUGGCUACUUCCAACCUCAAGAGGGUAAACCUGCACUUCGGGAGUUGCGAUCUGACCAUAAUGUUAGCAGUGGGAGGGAUGAGGAUGAAAGGUAAAGUGUGUGAAGUAGAAACAUGGACUUGGCGAUACAAAGUUGCAACUAUCCAUUUCUUUUCUUUCGUAGUUUACUUGUUCCAAGGAAAAGGUCUCUAUAUUUCAAUCUAUCUUUGGUACUUUGUGCUAUAAUGCUUAACAUCAUUAUUCUUGGUCCCCUGUGGUGAUUGGAGAUGACUUGGUUGAAGAUUCUUUUAAAGGGUUCAUGACUUGUAAAAUUCUAGGCAAUUAUUUCAUAGUUAAUAAUAUAUGUACAAUAUAUGUACAAUUAUUUU